AUGGGGGACCUGUUAAAGUUCUGGUCCAGGAGGGAGGCUGGGGCCCCGCCUGGUCCCGCCUGGUCCCACCUGGUCCCACCUGGUCCCACCAGGGCCCCGCCUGGUCCCGCCUGGUCCCACCAGGGCCCCGCCUGGUCCCGCCUGGUCCCACCAGGGCCCCGCCUGGUCCCGCCUGGUCCCGCCUGGUCCCACCUGGUCCCGCAGGGCCCCGCCUGGUCCCGCCUGGUCCCACCAGGGCCCCGCCUGGUCCCACCAGGGCCCCACCUGGUCCCACCUGUUCCCGCAGGGCCCCGCCUGGUCCCGCCUGGUCCCGCCAGGGCCCCACCUGGUCCCGCCUGGUCCCGCCAGGGCCCCACCUGGUCCCGCCUGGUCCCACCAGGGCCCCGCCUGGUCCCGCCUGGUCCCACCUGGUCCCGCAGGGCCUCGCCUGGUCCCGCCUGGUCCCACCAGGGCCCCGCCUGGUCCCACCAGGGCCCCGCCUGGUCCCGCCUGGUCCCACCUGGUCACACCUGGUCCCGCCUGGCCACACCUGGUCCCGCCAGGGCCCCGCCAGGGUACCACCUAGGCCCCAUCAGGGCCCCGCCAGGGCCCUACAGGCACCCAACAUCUGGAACCCACACCCCCCAACAUCUGGAACCCACACCACCCAACAUCUGGAACCCCCACAGCACCCAACAUCUGGAACCCACACCCCCCAACAUCUGGAACCCACACCCCCCAACAUCUGGAACCCACACCCCCCAACAUCUGGAACCCACACCACCCAACAUCUGGAACUCACACCACCCAACAUCUGGAACCCACACCCCCCAACAUCUGGAACCCACACCCCCCAACAUCUGGAACCCACACCCCCCAACAUCUGGAACCCACACCACCCAACAUCUGGAACUCACACCACCCAACAUCUGGAACCCCCACAGCACCCAACAUCUGGAACCCACACCCCCCAACAUCUGGAACCCACACCACCCAACAUCUGGAACCCCCACAGCACCCAACAUCUGGAACCCCCACCACCCAACAUCUGGAACCCACACCCCCCAACAUCUGGAACCCCCACACCCCAACAUCUGGAACCCCCACAACCCAACAUCUGGAACCCCCACAGCACCCAACAUCUGGAACCCCCACACCCCAACAUCUGGAACCCACACACCCCAACAUCUGGAACCCCCACCCCCCAACAUCUGGAACCCCCACCACCCAACAUCUGGAACCCCCACACCACCCAACAUCUGGAACCCCCACCCCCAACAUCUGGAACCCCCACCACCCAACAUCUGGAACCCCCACACCACCCAACAUCUGGAACCCCCACCACCCAACAUCUGGACCUCAUGGUGA